UCUGGGAUGCUAUCUCCGAGAACGAUGGGUUAGAAGGCCACCCACACCCUUUCACCAGGGAGCAGAUUGAGGCUGUCUGUCCCAGGUUCCUGAGGUGGUUUCCCAAACCCUACAGGUGAAGGGCGGACACUGGGUAUCAGAAGAGCAGAUGCUGGCCCUUGGGAUGCUAAAACAGGUGGCCAGUGUGACAGCACAGACCAAAGCCUCCAGCUGCUGGAAGCUUGUCUUGCCCUUGAGGUUUCUAGGCAGUGCCCCUGAUCGAUUCCCGCAAGAUGCCAAAUUGCACUCCACCUCGUUCUCCGAAGCAGAGCCUCCACGGGUCUUGAUCACAGGGGGUCUUGGCCAGCUGGGAGUAGGACUUGCUAGCCUUUUGAGGAAACGGUUUGGGAAGGACAAUGUGAUUUUAUCAGACAUAAAGAAGCCCCCUGCUCAUGUCUUCCAUAGCGGCCCGUUUGUUUACGCUGAUAUAUUGGAUGACAAGAAGCUCCAUGAGAUCGUGGUGAACCACCGUAUCAGCUGGCUGUUUCACUACAGUGCUCUGCUAAGUGCUGUUGGAGAAGCAAAUGUGGCCUUGGCCAGAGAUGUGAACAUAACUGGACUGCAUAACAUUCUAGAUGUUGCAGCCGAACACAAUGUGAGAUUGUUUGUGCCCAGCACGAUUGGAGCUUUUGGACCUACCUCUCCUCAGAACCCUGCACCUGAUCUCUGUAUUCAAAGGCCCAGGACCAUCUAUGGGGUAUCCAAGGUCCACGCAGAGCUCAUGGGAGAAUACUAUUAUUACCGGUAUGGGUUAGAUUUCCGGUGCCUGAGAUAUCCUGGAAUCAUUUCUGCAGAUUCCCAGCCUGGAGGAGGAACAACCGACUACGCAGUCCAGAUUUUCCAAGCUGCAGUGAAGAACGGCACAUUUGAGUGCAACCUCGAGGCCAACACCAGGCUCCCCAUGAUGUACAUCAACGACUGCCUCAGGGCCACCCUGGAAGUCAUGGAGGCCCCCGCAGAGCGCCUCUCCAUGAGGACCUACAACAUCAGUGCCAUGAGCUUCACCCCGGAGGAGCUGGCCCAGGCCCUCCGCAAGCAUGUGCCUGAUUUCCAGAUCACGUACUGCGUGGAUCCCCUCCGACAGGCCAUAGCUGAGAGCUGGCCCAUGAGCUUAGAUGACAGCAACGCCCGUAAAGACUGGGGCUGGAACCACGACUUUGAUCUUCCUGAGUUGGUGGCUACAAUGAUCAACUUCCACGGAGCCAGGACCAGAAUCACUCAAGCCAACUGAAAGGGGAGGAGCAGCUCCCCUGUCCUCACAGUGCAAGGGACAUGACAUUCUCUAAGCUGGAGAACUAAUGGGACUGGGUUUUGGCAGCUCCCAUGGGGGGGGGGUUCCUUUACUCAUUGCCUUUACUGUGUGCCUAACUGCCCAAGCACACAUGCCACAGAAAUGAAGUCCUAAGUGCUAGUGGCUGGCUAUCUCUUGGGAUUUGCAACAUUUGUAUUUAAUUAAAUUCAAUGUAAGCAUCACUCCUGAGACUUUCUUGACCAGAGACCAAAGAUUACAUUUUAAGGAUUUUCAAAGAUGUUCUUCGUGUUUAGGACUUUCAAACUUCAUCAAAAAUGAUCACUUGCAGCUAACUUUUUACCUAAGAUUUAUCUGGCCGAUUAAAAAUAUGAAAUAUGA